UGGAGUGCAGUUGCUAUUCUGUAAUAUUAACAACUGGGUCAGAGUUCUGCAGGAGGAGAGGAUACAGCUUCUGUCAAGGAACCGACUUUUAAUUGCUACAGCUGAUGCUCUGAAGGCAAGAUCAAGCUGGUAAAACCUCCUUCUAAACCAGUUAUUCACUCAAAAUAAGCUCAGCAGGAGGAUGGGAACUGCUUGAGAGUUCCCAGCAAUGCUGGUCCGUGGCUUUCCAGCCUUUCACUCCCCAGGAAAGCAGCCAAGUAAGGGCGGGUGAUCGCGGUUCUCCGUGAGGGCAGCGGGAGGAGCAGCUCGCCAUGCCCACGGUGGUGGUGAUGGACGUGUCCCUGUCCAUGACCCGGCCCGUGGCCGUGGAGGGCUCCGAGGAGUAUCAGCGCAAGCACCUGGCGGCCCACGGGCUCACCAUGCUCUUCGAGCACAUGGCCACCAACUACAAGCUGGAGUUCACGGCCCUCGUGGUGUUCUCAUCGCUCUGGGAGCUGAUGGUGCCCUUUACGAGGGACUACAACACGCUGCAGGAAGCCCUGAGUAACAUGGAUGAUUAUGACAAAACCUGCCUGGAGUCAGCACUGCUGGGGGUUUGCAACAUUGUCCAGCAGGAAUGGGGGGCAGCAAUUCCAUGCCAGGUUGUCCUUGUCACCGACGGCUGCCUGGGCAUCGGCCGCGGCUCCCUGCGCCACUCCCUGGCCACGCACAACCAGCGCAGCGACAGCAACCGCUUCCCGCUGCCCUUCCCCUUCCCGUCCAAGCUCUACGUCAUGUGCAUGGCCAACCUGGAAGAGCUUCAAAGCACAGAUUCCUUGGACUGCCUGGAAAGGCUCAUUGAUUUAAACAAUGGGGAAGGGCAGAUUUUCACCAUUGAUGGCCCCCUGUGCCUGAAGAAUGUGCAGUCAAUGUUUGGAAAGCUGAUAGACCUGGCUUACACACCAUUCCAUGCUGUUCUCAAGUGUGGCCACUUAGCAUCUGAUGUGCAAGUAUUUCCCAGGCCUGAGCCUUUCAUUAUAGAUGAGGAGAUAGACCCCAUUCCUAAAGCAAUUAAUACAGAUCUAGAAAUUGUUGGGUUUGUAGACAUAGCUGACAUUUCCAGCCCUCCUGUCUUGUCCAGACACUUGGUACUGCCCAUUGCACUUAACAGAGAAGGGGAUGAGGUGGGACCUGGGAUCACAGAUGACACCGAAGAUGAGAAUUCAGCAAAUCAGAUUGCUGGGAAAAUCCCCAACUUCUGUGUUUUAUUACAUGGCAGCCUCAAAGUGGAAGGCAUGGUGGCUGUCGUCCAGUUGGGGCCAGAGUGGUAUGGAAUGCUUUAUUCACAAGCUGAUAGCAAGAAGAAAUCAAACCUCAUGAUGUCACUCUUUGAGCCUGGUCCUGAGCCCCUGCCAUGGCUGGGGAAGAUGGCACAGCUUGGCCCCAUUUCAGAUGCAAAAGAAAAUCCUUAUGGGGAGGAUGACAACAAGAGCCCUUUCCCCUUGCAGCCCAAGAACAAGCGCAGCUACGCCCAGAAUGUCACAGUCUGGAUUAAACCAAGUGGCCUCCAGACAGAUGUACAGAAGAUCUUGAGAAAUGCAAGGAAACUCCCUGAAAAAACUCAGACCUUCUAUAAAGAGCUGAACCGCUUGCGGAAGGCAGCGCUGGCCUUCGGGUUCCUGGAGCUGCUGAAGGGCGUGGCGGACAUGCUGGAGAGGGAGUGCACCCUCCUCCCCGACACCGCCCACCCCGACGCCGCCUUCCAGCUCACCCACGCGGCACAGCAGCUCAAGGUGGCGAGCACCGGAGCCUCGGAAUACGCCGCCUACGACCACAACAUUGCCCCUCUGCAGACAGACUUUUCCAGCAGCAGCACUGAGAGGAUGUGAAGCCUCCAUUUCGGGAGCUUCUCCAGGCUGAGGCUCGAGCGUUCUGAUUUUCUUGUCCUGUUUACUUUUUAGGGCUGUUUAAUUACUGUUUGGAGAACUUCCUAUCCAAAGGGGGAUUUUGCAUCAGCGCUCUUUAAACAAACGUAGCGAGUUCGUGAUGGCUUUAAUCAGACCUGGAAACUGGGGAAAGUGUCCCAAGGCCAGUUAUGGUGUUGGAUGAUGGGUGGAAGUUAUUCAGUAAAAAAAUGCCGUUUGGGGCAGCUCGUGGCUUUUGGCCUCUCCAAAAUGCAGUUACUACGUAACUGAACUCGCUGGUAAGAGUAUCCUAAAAGGCAGCUACUCCACUUUAUAAUAAACUUCAUCAGUCCAAAGAAAAUGUGUGGGAAGCAAGAUCAGAGUCAGAGCUGAUUUCGGGGUGUUGGCCCUGGUUCUAUACCCAGCCUGACAACCAGCCUGUACUGCCAGAGCAAGUGUUAUCACUGGCACUGCAGUGCUUAUGCCUGUGAAAGUAACUUAAUCUUGGGAGACAGUUUUUUUUAUUUGCAUAAUAUUAAUAAAGAGCAAUUCUUCAGGAAAA